AAUCGGAACGCUCGCCAUUUAAUAGUCGUUUAUAGAUUUCGAGAAAAGCAUUAUAAUCAACUACAGAUUAUCUGUGUGAUAAGCUUAAUACUUUCAACUUUCAAAAUGGUCGAUUUCUUUAAUAAAUUAAAGUUCAAAUAAGCAUUUUCGUUAUCGCACUUUGUUAUACUGUAGUUAUUGAAAAAUGUGUAUGUGUAGAACCUUGACCGCUUUUGGGUUACGUCUAGAGGUCAUUUAUCCGUUUAUUUACAUGAAAAGCAAAGUCCGAACGAAAUUCGAAGAUGGAUAAGAUUUUAAAGGGAAUUAUGAAGUACAGGUGUACCGUUAGGGAGACUAUGGUGCAACAGUUUGUUAAAGUUAAAGAUAAUCCAACGCCAGAUGCCGUCUUCUUCACCUGCAUAGACAGCAGGAUGAUACCAACGAGGUUUACACAAACCAACGUGGGAGACAUGUUCACAGUUAGAAAUGCGGGUAAUAUGGUCCCACACGCAAGCUGCUUUCCUGACGAACAAAAUUCCAAUGAACCAGCUGCCUUGGAGCUUGGCUGUGUAGUCAAUGAUAUAAGGCAUAUUAUAGUUUGUGGACAUAGUGACUGUAAAGCUAUUAAUUUGCUCUAUAAACUUAGAGAUCCGGAAUUUGCAUCCAAGGAAAACAGACGAUUGUCCCCUUUAAGAUCAUGGCUUUGUACCCACGCCCAAACCUCCAUAGACAAAUUCAAUGAUCUAGAAUCUCGGGAUUUCAAUGGGCAUUUAGUGUUUCAAGCAGAGACCCCCCUAAGGAAAUUCAUAGCGUACAUAGAUCCAGAAAAGAAGUUCAGUAUAGAGGACCGCUUGUCCCAGAUUAACACAUUGCAACAAUUGCAGAACAUCGCGAGUUACGGGUUCUUGAAGAAGAGAUUAGAAGAGAAUCAGCUUCAUAUACACGCCUUAUGGUUCGAUAUUUAUACGGGGGAGAUUUACUAUUUUAGUAGGGCAUCAAAACGGUUCGUUAUUAUCGAUGAGAGUAAUAUCGAGAAGUUGUUUAAGGAAGUGAUUGUUUUUUAUUCUUAAUGUUGUAGGGUUAGGUCAAUGUUGUAUUUUAAGACUGUUUGUAUCGAUGAUUUUUUACUCAUGAGUUAUACUAGAUUCUAUUUUUUGUAAAAUAAAUACCAAAUUAAUUACG